AUGCACGCAGGGACUACGCGCCUAGCAGCAGCGGAAGCCCUUGCACUCGCUCUCGCAGGCCGUUGCCAAGGAAGGACACGGGGCCCCUCUCCUCCUUACCAUCUCAGCCCCUCUCCUCCUUACCAUCUCAGUCCCUCUCUUCCUUACCAUCUCAGCCCCUCUCCUCCUUACCAUCUCAGCCCCUCUCCUCCUUUCCCUCUCAGCUCAGGUGUGCACACACUGUGCGAGAUUCUCUGCCCUUGGUCUCCCCGCCUGUUCCCCUCUGCGCCAUCCCCGCCCUUUCCCUCCCUCACCUUUCUCCCCUCCUCCCUUCCCCUUCUUCUCUCUCACACCCAUCUCCUCUCAUCGCUAACUCAUGCUUCCCGCCCUUCCACUCCCCACCCUCUCAGCCACACGUCCUCCUUCCUAACCUUCCCUUCUUCUCCCCUCCUAUGCCUCCCUUCCCUCACAGCACAGCCCGUCUCCUACCUUCACUCUCCGCCCAUCUCUCCCCGUCCCUCUCUACCCGUAAUCUCCUUUCCGCCUCUGCCAUCUGUUCCUACUCGCCGCCCUCCCUUCACUCCCCCUUCCGUAUGCCCUGUUUCCCGACUCUCACCCUUGCUGCUCCCACUUCCAUACGCAGAGCUACCCAACUUCCCCUUGUUAGAAACUAGUAGCACGAAUGAAUGA